AGGUGUUGUGGCGAUCCUUCACAUCAGCGGUCAUAAUUCUCCCCCUGCCCUCUUGAUUGCUGAAUCAUCACACCAGUUCAGGAAAUGGACGUGGAUCACGGAUUCUAUCGGCAGGUGGAUGUCCAGGACCACGCUCACUACAUCGUUGCCUUCUUUGUCUUGGUGAUUGGAACAGUAGGUGUUACUGGGAACGCCUUGGUCAUGUAUGCCUUUUUCUGCAACAAGAAGUUACGGACUCCUCCUAACUUUUUCAUCAUGAAUCUGGCAGUCAGUGACUUCCUCAUGGCAAUUACACAGUCACCCAUCUUCUUUGUCAACUCUCUUUACAAGGGGUGGAUUUUUGGUGAAACUGGGUGUAAAAUAUAUGCUUUCUGUGGGGCUUUAUUUGGAAUCACCUCCAUGAUAAACCUCCUGGCCAUCUCCGUAGACCGCUAUAUUGUUAUCACCAAGCCUCUGCAGGCCAUACAAUGGACCUCAAAGAGACGCACUUGCUUCAUUAUAGGCCUGGUUUGGCUGUACUCAUUAGCUUGGAGCCUUGCACCACUUUUGGGCUGGAGUUCGUAUAUACCAGAGGGCCUGAUGACCUCAUGCACGUGGGACUAUGUGACAUCUACUCCAGCCAAUAAGAGUUAUACUUUGAUGUUAUGCUGCUUUGUUUUCUUCAUCCCUCUGGGAAUUAUAUCCUACUGUUAUCUGUGCAUGUUCCUGGCAAUCCGCCAUGCAAGCAGAGAUGUGGAGAGGUUGGGGUCUCAGGUGAGGAAGUCAGCCCUGAUCCAGCAACAGUCCAUCAAGACUGAAUGGAAGCUGGCCAAGAUUGCCUUUGUGGUCAUCAUAGUGUUCGUGCUUUCCUGGUCGCCCUAUGCAUGUGUCACCCUCAUCGCCUGGGCUGGAUAUGGAAACAUACUCAACCCCUACUCCAAAGCUGUCCCUGCUGUUAUAGCCAAGGCAUCAGCCAUCUACAACCCUUUUAUCUAUGCCAUCAUUCACUCCAAAUACAGGGAUACUCUUGCAGAGAAGGUUCCCUGUCUACACUUCCUUGAGCAGGCCCCCAGGAGGGACUGCAUAUCAGUGUCACACAGCGAGUCCUCUUUCAGGGACUCAAUGCUGAGCAGACAGUCAUCAGUCUCCAAAACCAAGUUUCACAGAGUUUCCUCCAUGUCUACGACAGACACACAGGUUUGGAGUGACGUGGAGCUGGACCCUAUUGACCAGAGCCACUGUGUGAGGUCGAGCUAUUCCCUAGGAGCUCUGAGGGACAAAGAGUACAAGUCAUUGACUAAGCAGAUCAAGGGGAAGGGAAGCCAUAGCCAGGAACAGACUCCCAUCCCCGAGCGAGGCUCUCUGAACAGAUGUGACCACAACCUGUCACCUGAGUCUGUCAGUAUGCCCUCAGCCUGGGGGAGGAGAAAGGAGGAGAGCCCUGAAAGCUGGAAUAAACAGGAAGAUAAGCAAGAAGAAGAUGGUGAAUGUGAACAGAGAGAGACAUGGCAAGCACAGAUGGAGGAACAUGAGAAGGAAUCACAGGUCCUCAUCCAGUCGGACUCUCUGGACCGCUCUACCAUCGUCAGACCCAAGUCACAGAAAGGACUUCUGCAUGAUGGCUACUGUGAGGAAGAGGAGAACACACAGAGCAGGCAGAGAGAACUGUUGCUCAGUUUAGAGUCUCUGGACUGUUCCGCUCAACUACUUGAGUCUGUGCAAAGAUUUCUCUCCCCAACACCAGGAAGCUAAAUGUCAAAUAUGUUUAUUGUAACACAGCAGAGUAGACAGGUUUGUUUUUUGUUAAGGUAAUGCUUUUAAGCAGCUGUAAAAACUUUUAUUUCAACUGCUUAGCUAUGCAGUGCAACCAAAUAUAUUUGUGCAAUCGCAUACAUAACUACACACAGAACUCAUUAUAUAUAUGACACAAUAUAACAGCAGUAUGUUUUGUAAGUUUCCGGCAUAAUCUGCUGUAUAAUGACUUCAGGCACUUUAGUGAUUAUGCAUAAAUACAAUCAAAUAUUUUCUUUCACUGCAGCUACUUUGGGAACAUUUUGUUUUACAUUUCUGAUAAAAGGAAUUUUGUGAACCCAAGUGUGUGAACAUUUCAGCCUACCAAACUUAGCAAGUCAUAGAAAGAUACUAUCAAACUGUAUCAUAACCAAUGAUGACACAUGAUACAGUUUGAUAACAUAAUUAUCAAUUCCAAUUUUGAGUGCUGUGUGUUCUCAGGAACAGAACUGUUUCAUGAACUUUUCAUGAGGUUCUGAACAAAUUUUUGCCAACAAUCUUCUUGCAAAAACAUUGUAUCACACAACGACUUCUUAUAAUCAUACCACACCAUUAAAUAUAAAAGCCUGUGUGAUUUCUUUUACUUCAAUCUAAAGUGGAAAAAAAACAUGAAUAAUUCUGUUUUACCCACUUCAGAGAAAUGUGUCUUUACAACUUGCUGUUGCUAUGAAAUCAAAACAGUUUCUUCUUCCACACACUUUUGUCAAUUUACCAGUGGUGCUAUGAAGUGUUGUGGUUAACAACUUAGACAGAAUAAACUUUGAUAUAAGGUG